UCAACCUGACGCCUUCUUAAGACUUCUGUGACUGCUGUGCUGUUAAAACUGAGAUAUAAUAUCAGUUUUUUAGUUAGUUGAUACAUCAGAUAACCACCUGACUGCUUUACUAAAGAAAGAUGGACGCAUUAAGAAGCAUCUUCCGGGCUGCCUGGUCCUCUGCAGAGAGGCUGGAGGACAAAACUGUUAUCAUCACCGGGGCCAACACUGGGAUUGGCAAGGAGACAGCCAUUGACCUGGCCAAGAGAGGGGCAAAGGUCAUCAUGGCAUGCAGGGAUAUGGAGCGAGGAGAGGCCGCUGUGAAAGAAGUCACUGAAAUCUCAGGCAGCGAAAAUGUUGUUUGCAUGAAACUCGACUUGGCAGAUACCAAGUCGAUUAGAGAAUUCGCUGAAGCCAUCAACAAAGGAGAGCCAAAGCUCAACAUCCUCAUCAACAACGCCGGUGUGAUGGUUUGUCCUUACGGGAAAACAACUGACGGCUUUGAGAUGCAGAUCGGUGUCAAUCACUUUGGUCACUUCCUGUUGACACAUUUGCUGAUCGACCUGAUUAAAAGAUCGGCCCCGGCCAGGAUUAUCACGGUGUCCUCCAUGGCUCACUCCUGGGGCUCCAUCAAUCUCGAAGACAUCAACAGCGAGAAGGGCUACGACAAGAAGGCAGCCUACUCUCAGAGCAAGCUGGCCAACGUCCUCUUCACCCGCACGUUGGCUAAGAAACUAGAAGGCACAGGCGUGACGACGUAUUCUCUCCACCCUGGAGUCGUCCAGACGGAUUUGUGGCGUCACCUGAGCGGCCCUCAGCAGUUUGCCAUGAAGAUAGUCAGUCCGUUCACCAAAAACUCCUCCCAGGGAGCUCAGACGAGCAUCUACUGCGCAGUGGAACCGUCGCUGGUGAAAGAGAGCGGUGGAUACUACAGCGACUGCGCUCCUGCCAACUGCUCGGCUGCUGGUAAAGACGACGUCCUGGCGCAGAAGUUGUGGGACUUGAGCUGUCAGUUGCUAUCGGUAACGUGGGAAUAAAUCAACAUGGAUUCAAAAUACAAUCCCUCAGAUCACAGUGAUUUCUUUGCAAUAUAUUACACUGCAUUGUCAAAUCAUUAUCUCGAUAUGGGGUUUUUUCCAGCACUUUUUAUGUGUUUAAUUACAAACUAAUAUACUAAUUACACAUAACACUCAUGGCACUAUUUUUAAUAAAGAAAAUACUAAUUAUAUGAUUGAACAUAUAUAAAGAUUAAGAUUCUAAUUUACAAAAUUAUCACUAUCUUAAAUACUUUUCUAUACCUUUUUUAAUAGCUUUGUAGUGGAGAUUCGAAUAUAAUCGUGGAAUAAUUCCUAAAAUGUGUAAACAGGUUUUUCUUCAUGUCACUAAUGUUUUUCUGUAUUGUUUGGCAUUAAACCAAGUGUUACACUCC